AUGAGGUUAUUAUUGCUUCUUGGCUUAAUUAUUCAGGGCACCACUGGCGUUAUAUGUACAGAUGAGAUUCUAAUAUAUGACCAUGAGGACUUUGCCUUGAUACAAAGCUGUCCCAAUUCUAAGUUCCUACUGAUGAAUGAUAUUGCCGUUGUGGGCCCCAUGCCCAUAAUUCCCAUCUUCAAGGGCACCUUUGACGGCCAGGGGUUCUCUGUUGGUGGUAUUGUCGUUUCAGAGUUAUAUGAUAAAGCAGCUCUUUUUGACACAUUUUCAGGGUCAAUGCGCAACGUUACCCUCUCAACCAUGGUAAGUGUCGUUAAUUCAGAAGCUAAAUUCAUCUCUGGGUUUGCAAUAGAGCUUGCAGAUGCGUACUUUUAUGACGUGAACAUCACUACUACUAUUACCGUUAAGGAUUGCAUAGCAGGAACUGUUAUUGGUGGACUUCUCUCUUCCACAUCCGAAACAGCACCGGGGCUUGUGGUCGCCUCAUCUAUUACAGUCAUGAACUGUGAAUGUGUGGUUGGAGGCGCCAUUGGCCAAUUAGAUAGCAACUAUACCACCCUGCUUCCCUCUUACUGGUCUUCUCCCAUCACUGUAUACUCCACCAUACAGUUGUACAAUUCUUCUAGUACCGUUGGUGGCUAUAUUGGGAUUUCUGAAAAAAACAUUCACUCCCUUGUCCUCAGGGCCUCAAUUGAGGUCUUAGGGAAUAGCAGUCACAACUGUGUGAUUGGUGGGGUUGUUGGAGACAUUAGAGGGGCGGUUAUUCACUCUAAUAUAACGUUGCUUAAGAUGUACGUCAGUGGGUGUGCAAAUAAUGAAAAGUCUGUUAUCGGUGGAAUAGGCCCCUCUCUGGUGUGCUCCUUCCCCAAUUGCACCAUAGUCGAGGAUAUUAAGCUGUACAUAAACCUCUUCUACACAGAUGGUCUCUCAAAUGCUUGUAUUGGGGGUUGCUUUGGACUAGUAGACCAAGUGUCUCUUUCUUACCUCCAUCUGCGCUUCUCACACGUAGAGGUAGAGUCGCGUUUUGGAGGCAUUGCAUCCACUAUCAACUGCACGAACAUUGACCAGGCUGCAAUCUCAAUUGAUUACAUUACAUGGGUUGACUCGACAACGGAUCCAUUUUUAAUAGGAGGAUUUGGGGCUCUCGUAGACAACUACACAACCAUAGAAAAUUCACUGGUUACAGUGGGUGAGGUGAACCUCAACUAUACAUCCAUUAAUCCUAGUUACUUUGGUGGGUUCGUGGCAAAUGCUUCAAAGCUCCUCAUUUCAAAUUCUUACGCAAUGAUUUUUCUUGCCGUCCUUAAUACCUCCCAAGUUGUCGGAGCCAACUCUUCGUUUGGCAUUAUGCUUGGGCGGAUCACUUGUAACACUGACGAACAAAUACGAAUCAUUUCAUCCUUUGUUGCAGCUGACACAAUUCUUGCAAAUGGGCAUGGUUCGGAGCUCUUUAAUAUCGGAGGAUUUGCAGGACACCUUCUAAAUCCUACCACCAACGGGCAGUGCUUUGUGUUGGCGAAUUCGUGGUCAUCUAUUAAGUUUCGCAUCAAUGAGAUCAGGAGAGGCUCUGGGUCGCCUUUUGCUGUAGGGGCACUGAUAGGUAACCCGGGAGACUCUUCGUUUCUCAUCACAGAUGUCUAUGUCAAGGCUUACUUUGACGUGGUUAACAUUCAGCAAUAUAAAUAUAAUAAUAACAACAAUGAUGGAAAGUACAACGCAAUAGGAAUAUUAACAGGGUUCUAUAGCGAAAGUGCCGCCACACCUACCAAGAAGCAGAUGCAGAUCUACAGAGUUAUAUGCCAAGUAGAUGUUCUGUUUGAAGAAAACUUUGCAAGAAACAUAUACUAUGUGCCCAGUGAGCCUGUUUGUCUUCUCUGCAGUGAUAUCUUCAUUACUAAUACCUCUAGCCACUUCUAUGGAUACGGAUCAAAGGGAACAUACUUGGCCGACCCACUAGAGAUGCAGCAGCGCGACUUCUACACCAACUUCCUGUUUGGUGAGGACCAGAUUUGGCAGUACAACCUCGACUUAUACCCCUACCACACCUCCCUUCCGUUCCUCUUCCACCACCUUUCUGAUUUCAGUUCCGAUAGUACGAGUAUUAGGUUCAUCACGCCAAUCUGUAAUCAUCAUCUCUGCUGGAACUAUACUCAUGUGUGGAAUGGGCAGCGCUCAAUGACUGUUCUGAAUCUUCAAUACCUGAGCAACCAAUGCUAUAUUGAGAACUGCAUCCUUUGUUCUCCCAGUAGCUCAUACGUGUGUAUGAAGUGUGCCAGCGGGUACAUUUCAAAUGCGAGCGGUGACACCUGCCUAGAGUGUCACAGUAGCUGCAUGAAGUGCAGCAUCCCUGACCUGUCAAAUCAAUGCAUAAGCUGUGCUGUCUAUGGAGAGGUCUUCUUUAAUGAACGGUGCAUUCCCAAUCCCUAUACCUGCAAUCUGCCAUAUUGUCUUCUCUGCAGCUUUACCAGUGCACGGAGCUGCGCUGUGUGUGUUCCUGGUAAAGGGGUCCAGGAGGAGAACGGCUACUGCACAAUCUGUAAAAGUGAUUGCUAUACAUGCUCGUUAUCUCAAAAGUGCUCUAGCUGUAGUAACUACACAAGGGAGGCUUUACAGGGAUUCUGUGAGUAUAGUGACACAGGGUGCUACAACACGUGCAAGUUCUGCAAAAGCGACAAUCUUGAAAUGUGCUUAAAGUGCAGCAAUAACAGCUACACGUUAGAUGAAUAUGGAAACUGCCAGAAACAGCCAAUUCCGUUUUGUAUGGUCUAUAAUUGUGCAAUAUGCAGCUCAGCAGAUAACUUUAUUUGUAAUGUAUGCAAAAACGGAUACUACUUGACCAAGAAUAGACUGUGCAAAGCCUGCGAGGAACACUGCGCUGUGUGCUCUUCAUACAGCGUCUGCCUCGAGUGCAUGAAUCCAAAGACCAGGCCCAUAGCGGGGAUAUGUAACUACUCAACUAACUGUAGCAUUAGUGGCUGUUCUGUCUGCACACUAGGCGUUGAAUCCAGUUGCUUGACGUGCGAUACUGGUUACGUUCUAACCGAUAACACCUGCCAGCAGCUGGUAAAUAACCAUCUAAGACAGGUCACAGUCGCACGAAUGACAGCAGCAAUCUUGGCGAUGAUAGCUAUUACCAUCAACAUCGCUUAUCCUUUGAUACGCUAUCGCAAGUACUUGAGGGACGAGACUGCUCCUUUGCAACCAGAACCUUCUUAA